GGUAGCGUAAUUCUUUCUCCCCUCCACCUCUAUCCCUGCAUCCAAACACGCCCUAACAAAAGCCGCUUUAGAAAGAGGGACAUCCUGACUUGUGUCGAAAAAAGAAAAAAAGAAAAAGGAAAAAGAGGGACAUACUGACGUCGGGUUGUCCAAGAAAAGGGUGAGUGCUAUCGUUGAAGCGCGCGAGUCCUUCCCGCCACGACCGUUUGGAAUGGCAGUAUGCCUUUGCGCUGUUACAAGCAGAACGAGCUCCAAUCCUUUUCAAGGGGAAAAAUGCAAAUACGCAGGUCAAUCAGUGAGAGCACUUCCUAUACGUAUAUUGUCGGUUGGGAAGAAGCGAUCUCCGGGUGUACAACUCAUGGUUGAUGAGUAUGUUCAAAAGCUCAAGUACUAUUGCAGUGUCGAGGAUGUUCAAAUACGGUCUAAUCCUAGAAAUGCACGUGACAUGAGGGCUCAGGUUGAUGAUGAAGACAAAGCAGUGAUGAACCUUGUCAGAUCUGAUGACUGGGUUGUGAUGCUGGAUGAGCGUGGGCAAGACAUAGGUUCUGAACAAAUGGCUGAAUUGGUGGCUGAUGCAGGACAUACGGUAAAGCUAACAUCCCAUUGUGAUACCUCUGGAGCUUCAAGACUAUCUUUCUGUAUUGGUGGACCCUAUGGUCAUGGAAGAAAAUUGCGGGAACGAGCUAAUUUAUCUAUCAAGUUAUCUUCUCUAGUACUAAAUCAUCAAAUUGCAUUACUGGUGCUCAUGGAGCAGCUCUACAGGUCGUGGACAAUUCUGAGAGGACAAAACUACCAUCACUAGGACAUUUGUAAAUUUUGUGAUUUAAAGAGUUUGAGUCUCACCUUUCUUUUAUACUUACCACAUGUUGAUUCUGACAGGCUCUGUUUUGUAUUUGCAUAAUUUGAUUUGAACACCUUGGAUGGAAGUGAAUGGACGAGAUGUUUCGUUAUGAUGGGUAAGGAAUAUGCAUAUAUAUAUAUAUAUUGAUCGACUUCAAAGUUACUGUGUGAGCUUGUCAUACGAUUGCAAAUAAUAAAAAGAAACUUGUCUUUCUCUCUCGUUGCUGCGUCAUUCAGCUACAACAAACACUCAGCGGGCCUAGAUUUGAUGUUCAUUACUAUGGUAGACGCUAUGUACUUGUUAUGAUGAUAAAUUUGAACAGCGUAGUUUUAACAUUGAAGAUUGUAAAUUUUUAAAUAAUGAUUUUUUUUUUUUAAAACAGUGACAAUUAUAAGAUUAAAGAUAUAUUAAAUUUGCACCUAUUAAAA